AUGGCUGACUCUGGGAUGAGUCUUGUCUAUACGAUUGGAGGUUAUGCUGCCCUCGCUGGCGCCGGCUACACCAUUUAUCAUCUUUCCACCAGGUCUGAUGCCAAGAGGCGAGCUGCCGCUGCAAAGGCCAAGGCCUCUCAGCCCGAAGCCCGCAAGGAAGACAGAAAGAAGAAGCAACGCAAGGAUGCUUUUGCGCAAGAGGUGCAGUCUGCCUCCAACGCUGCACAGAAUGCUCCCCGCGAGGUCAAGGCGCCUCAGGCCAGCACGACUACCGGCCGCGACACCAUGGACGACUCCGCCGCCAACCGCGAGUUUGCCAAGCAGCUCUCCAAAGCACAGGAGGGUACCAAAUUUGCCGCCAAAUCUGACGCCAAACAGCGCGAGAAGUAUGUCAAGCAGUCCAAGGCCAGCCACAUUGAUGGUGCCAAGCCCCCCAAGGCCGCUAAAGCCGAGACUCCUGUCCCUGCCGCCGCCCCUAUUGAGCCCGAGACAGUCGCCAAUGUAGUAGAGCCGGUCAAGGAAGAGACUCCCACUGUGCCUGCUGAGGCUGGCCGUGUCGACGAUAUGCUCGAGCCCAAGGCCGCUGCCCCCACUGUUCUGCGCCUUAGCGAGUCCAAGCCUACCGAGCAGAAGAAGAAGGAGAGCAAGCCCGCCGAGAAGGCCGAGACCAAAAAGCAGCGCCAGAACAGAAAGAAGGCCGAAGCCGCCAAGGCUGCUCGUGAGGAGGCUGAGGCUGAGCGCAAGGCUCUUGAGGAGAAGCAGCGUCGUCAGGCUCGUCUCGCGGAAGGCCGCGCUGCCAAGGACGGCUCCCAGUUUACCAAUGGCGCCGCUGCCGCAUGGAAGCAGGGUGCUUCCAGUGUUGCUCCCAAUGCUGCUCCCAAGACUAAUGGUGAACUCCACGCGCCUCUUGACACCUUUGAGCCCACCUCUGCCCCGACCACGCAGACCAACGGCGCUGCCAACGCUGCGCCUGCUGCCUUCGAUCAACCUGCACAGCAGGAAGAGGAGGAGUGGAGCACCGUCAAGACUAAGAGCUCCAAGAAGAAGGCGGCUGCCGCCAGCAACUCGGGCGAUGAUGAGCCUCUCGCUGCCCCCAAGGCUACUUCCGCUGCCCCCUCUGUAAGCAAGCAAGCCGCGCCCAAGACCAACGGCAACAGUGCCAACAACAAGAAGGCAUUUGGUGGCUCGUUCUCUGCCCUGACGAACAACGACGAGCCGGAGGAGGAAGAGGAAGAGGAGUGGGAUGUCUAA